AUGGCGUGCCUGAAUACGCUUAAGCUGGAAAUCAAAACGCUCGAGCAAGUCUUCCCGAAGAACCAUGAACGAUUCCAGAUCCUCAACGCGACCGUGGACGAGCUGUGCUGCCGUUUCAUCGGCCGUAAUGGCAAGCAAUACGUAAUCCAUGCGAAUAUAACAGAAACAUACCCUUCUACUCCACCAGUAUGGUUCGCCGAGAGCGAAGACACAAGUAUUAGCAACGCUGUACAAAUACUUACGAACACGAAAGGGUUAGAUAAUCAUGUUAUCAAUCAGGUUCAUAUAUUGCUACGCGAGCUCUGCCGGCAACACACGGUUCCGCUACCUCCCGAUUUGGAAACGCUGAAAAAAGCCUUCCAAUACCCGAACGGUGGUGUCGCUGGGCCCCAUCUCCACUCUGCCAUCGACUCUGACUGUGAUGAUAUCGAGGAUGUCGUAGGCGAAAGCGACCAAGAGAGCGAAGGCGAAGAGGACUUACCUCUCGAGAUGGACGACGGUCGCAGUACAGCGAAGAAAGACGAAAUGGAAGUGGAACACCUAGCAACGCUAGAAAGAUUAAGACAAACGCAACGGCAGGACUACUUGAAGGGCUCAGUGUCGGGAUCGGUGCAGGCGACAGAUCGGCUGAUGAAAGAGCUACGCGACAUCUACCGAUCAGAUUCGUUCAAGAACAACAUGUAUUCGAUAGAGCUAGUGAACGAUUCCAUCUAUGAGUGGAACAUCCGGCUGAUGUCGGUCGACCCGGACAGCCCGCUGCACAACGACCUGGUCCUGCUGAAGGAGCGCGAGGGAAAAGACAGCAUACUGCUCAACAUCAUCUUCAAGGAGACGUAUCCUUUCGAACCGCCGUUCGUGCGCGUAGUGCAUCCGAUCAUAUCCGGCGGUUACGUUUUGGUAGGUGGUGCCAUCUGCAUGGAGUUGCUCACGAAGCAAGGCUGGAGCUCGGCUUACACGGUGGAAGCCGUCAUCAUGCAAAUAGCGGCAACGCUAGUCAAGGGCAAGGCGCGGAUACAGUUCGGUCCCACCAAGUCUCUUUCGCAGGGCCAGUAUAGUUUAGCUAGAGCGCAGCAGAGUUUCAAAUCGCUCGUGCAAAUCCACGAAAAGAACGGUUGGUUUACGCCUCCGAAAGAGGACGGUUAA